UGUGAACUGUCUGCCUCCGUUGCAAUCGUCUUGCUAUGACAGGAAGUACUUUCAAUGACCGUGAGAUCGAAACAGCAAUCACGACUCAAUUUAUUUCUAUUCCCCCAUGCAUUAUGGCGACUACCGUGACGUUUUUGAGCGAGUCCUAGAAGCACGACACGAUAAUUCGGGACCUUUAUCCCGUUAAUUUAUCCGCUUAGACCAGGAACAGAGUUAUAGCCCCUUAGCGUACUGCUGCAGAUGUCAUUUCAUCCAUUCAUUCUGAUUUUGGCGUGUGUUAGGCCCUCCACUUGGGAUGUCACUGCCGCGCUACCGCACCACCUCGACUAACUUUCCGACCUAUAGGCGAACAGCCUAAUAAACGUCGUUUCGAUUUAGUGCACCUCAAGGCGAAAUUGAAGGAUAUACCGAUGCUCGGUGUCCGACUGAGGAGAGCAAGAUAAUAAAAAGAACAACGCCCACGUCGGAGCGGAGUCGAAAAAUUUCCAAAGUCGAACAGCGAGAACACACCAGCGCCGAGAGCCACAGAGAACGUCCUAAUAAGUAAAGCGAAAUAUCAAAACGACAUACAUCAAUCAGGGGCGUCUAGAAGACCCACUUCCCAUUGCGAUUCGCCUGCUGUCUAUGCGAAUCACAGUCCUGUCCGCAUACAGCCGGCCAUGCCUCCUCCCACCCCCGAACAAAUUGCGCAUAUGCAAGAACACAUUGACGAAGAUCGACGACCUCUCGUGUAUGGAAUUCAUUCUGGAUUUAUGAUAAUUGGCAUCCUUUCUGUGGCAUUACGAUUUGUGUCACGCGUCAAGAUCGGCGCAAAGCUAUGCAAAGACGACUGGCUUAUUUUGGCCGCCAUGGUUUGCCUGAUCGCGCAUGCGACAUCCUGCAUGAUAACUCCUUCAUUUGGCGUGGGCAGACAUGUCCUUCUAGUGACGAACGUACACGGGAUUGUAGCAGCUAAUCUAGCGGAAGCGACAUCUUACAGCACCAAUCUGAUGUUCACCAAACUCUCGAUUUUGGCCCUAUACUACCGCAUCUUCAGUCUUACCCGAGGGUGGAUACCAACACUAUGGGCGUUUGCUGUUUUUGUCAUUGCACUUGGAAUCACGCAGCCUCUCGUAUACAUUUUCCAUUGCAUACCGAUCCAAUGGUCUUGGGAUGAGAACACACCGAACAUGAAGUGUAUAGAUUUCAGUCUAGCCAUUGCGGUACUUGGCACGAUUCAUAUUAUCACUGACUGGCUACUCCUUUUGCUCCCGAUUCCGGUGGUGUGGAGUCUUCGCCUAGGUCAACGUGCAAAGAUUAGCAUUUGUGCGUUGUUUGCCGUUGGCGGAGCGGUGUGCAUCAUUUCGAUCAUUCGCGUCCGCAAAGCGCACGAAUUGAAAGGCGUCGACCCAACAUGGAACUUCGUACCGGUUCAAUCUCUCUCCACAGUCGAGGGAAGCAUCGGCAUACUAGCGGCCUGCAUGCCAACUUGGCGUCCACUAUUCCGUUUCGUUGGCCAAGGCCUAUCUUCCUACUUCUCUCACAAUGGCUCCCGCCCCGGUGGAUCCGGUUUCCACCACUCCGGAGAGCACGAAUACGCCGCCAAAAAACUCGCACGAUCUUCUGCAUCUUCCGCACCAGCUCCGACCCGUAAUCCCUCUUCCAAGGGCCUGCAACACCACACCCAGCACCUCGGCGUUCUCCCAGGAUCGCCUCUUCCAAGCCCUAACAGCGUACACUGGAAUCGGCAUGCGAAGCGCAGCGAAAGCAAUAGCAGUGGUGAUAGCGUCGAGCACAUGCUACAAGGAAGGAUACACGAUGUUAGGGAAGUCCCGCACGAAGACGUCGAGAUGGGGAAUCUCCAUGGAAUGGGAACGGAAAGGAGCAGUGCAGAAGUGGGAUAUGGUGACAAGAUCGAGCUCAAUGCUGGAGAUGUCGCGAGGCCACAAAAUACCUUCACUGGACACCGGUAACACGGGGCUCCUACCACCCACAUCUACGCUUCUGGUCAAGGGAAAUUGCCAUCAUCUCUACUGUGAUGGAUCAGAUUAUUGAAAGCGGCCUGUGAGCUCUUUGUAUACGAUUGAACUUUCUUGUUAUAUACCCCAUAGACUUUUUUUCACCAUAUACAUGUUCAUUUUACCUUCAAAACCCAGAUUGGCUCCACCAUGAUAUAUCCAGUUCCACUUUACGUCUUCCGAUGGACGAAUAUUCUCAUUGUGAACAACUGGAAAGGUCGUAACAUGAAAUACCACGUGUCCCAAGGAUGUCUCUGGACAUUAUUCACAUGCCAUUUGCGGCUGCAUUCAGUGCAAAGGGUCCUUGUAUCCUUCAAGCUUCGCGCACUAGUGUAAUAUCAGAUCAGAAUCACGCAGCAUCCAUGAUAAUACCAAGCCCGAGUUCUCGGUCAAUCUCGUUCCAUAUUCCCGAGCCGCUAUUUGCAUAUGUUGGUUGGCAAGGACCUACCCCACACCGCGUAGAGUAUGCCUUGCCCACGUUUCCAGAUGCAAAUGUAAUGGACGCAAUCCCCAUCUUUUCUUUCCUGGGUAGAACCACAGAAAAUGGAGUCCCAAGAAUGAUCCGCAGUCCUAUGACCACACAUGACGCAC